GGGACACGCUGGCGCAGUCUGGGGGUAUUGUUUAAAGAGUAGGGAUGAUUUUAGUGUUGCCGGUCAUACCGUGUUAAAUUGUGUCGAAGGCGGAAAGAAAAAAAUUAGAUCUGAAGUUGGCAGUGCGGUUGCAGUGCUUUUGAAUAUAGCCUAAAUCUAAAAGUUACGUUUUUAAGCGCUGCUUAAAAAGGACAUUUAACUAUUAUAGCAAGCUGCCGGUUAACGCCGGGCUGAAUUCUGCUAGCAAACAAAAAGGGAGAGAGGAAAAAGUUGACCCGGUCACAAAGACGCACCGGGGAGGGAAUCAGUCUGACGUUUUAGGGCUUUUGGUGUAAAGUAAAUUCGGUCUUGUGGCUGUAAAUGCGUUAAUCCAAGAUCUUGACUGUCAGUUAUAAGUUCUUUGUGACUGAAGCUCUCCGGUUCAGGCAGAUUUUUCUUUCGUUGUUUUUUUUUUUUAAGCAAAUCUUACUCACGACAUAGUCUUAGGCGAUGCGCUCUGGAUGAAAGGACGGAAACCUCUUUUGCACCGAGCCAGCUCCUUUUCUUAAUUUUUAUAUGAUUAGACUCUCGAUGGCGAACAUGGAUGUGGCCUCAUCCUGUAAGGGAGGGUGUUGGGUGUUUUAGGGUUUGCCAGGGGGAUUUUGGAGAAAAUUCCUGUCUAGAGGGAAGUCGGUCUGUAACGUGAUCGCAAGCAAGCUUGGUGUCUAUUUAAAAACGAAAGUGUAGCUACAGAUUUAGCCAGCAGAGAGAGCGAUCCUUUCCCCGAGUUAAUUUGGGUCUUUCUUUUGACAAAUAACCCAUCAAAACUUGCCAAAGUGGACAGGGCUGCGUUUUUCACCCCCUGCUCCACGUCUCACACACCAAUGCUGCUCAGUGAUCUAAUAUAUAGCACUAUAUAGUUAAAUACAUACAUUCCCCACUCUCUUAAAAUGUCGAACAUCCAAAACGACGCAGUAUUCUUGAUAAAAGAUGUAAAACCCGGACUGAAAAAUUUAAAUAUCAUCUUUAUUGUUUUGGAAAUAGGUCGGGUGACCAAGACUAAGGAUGGCCAUGAGGUGCGGUCGUGCAAGGUAGCUGACAAAACUGGCAGCAUCACUAUCUCUGUUUGGGAUGAGCUGGGCAGCCUCAUCCAGCCCGGUGACAUCAUCCGCCUAACACGGGGGUAUGCCUCUAUCUGGAAGGGCUGUUUGACACUUUACACUGGAAGAGGAGGGGACCUACAGAAGAUUGGAGAGUUCUGCAUGGUCUACUCAGAAGUCCCAAACUUCAGUGAGCCAAACCCAGAACUGCUUGCCCAGGCCAACUUGCAGAACAAGACCGGGAAAGCAGAACAACGGGGUGACUGUCCAAACAAUCAGAAUUCAGGUAUCGCUGCACAGACAGGUAAUGGUUCUUUGCAGACCUACUCCACUAACAGUUCCUCUCCUGCUCCCCGGGACCCUGCCUUGGGGGGGCUGGGACGGGCCAAUGGCCGUCUUCCAGGGAAUGGUGCCCCCCAAGUGCCUGUAGGGGGAACCCCUAUGGGGUCCAAACCCUCCGUCUCAAUCAGCAACGGUCGGGAUCCUCGACGUGCUUCCAAGAGAUGACACACAAAAACCAGUCCCCUGACCACACCUUCCCUGGGAACGCACAGUUUUUUUGUUUUUUUUUUUUUCCUUUCACCCUCCCACUUUUGCCCUUACACCUAGUGCCAGUGUUUAACUACCAUCCCCUAACCCCAGGCCUGAACCCGUCGUGUAUUAAAACCAUACGCUCUACUUGAACACUUGAUGCACUUUCUUCGUAAUUUAUAAGAAGCGUCAGUCAUUGCUGUAACUUCAGGAAUGCCGGUCUGCUUUAUUCGAAUGCCAGUCUGUGCGUUGUGUUGGGUUCCGCCUUCCAGCCCUGCUGCUUACGAUUACCUUCGGUUCCUUUCUUGACCAAAAUGUACCAUAAGUGACCGUGUGAAAGGUGGUAGUUUGAUAUCUACAGGUAGGCUAAUUUAAUUUGUUUGACAUGACAAUAAAAUGAAUAAAACCCCUUA